CGGUAAAAUCUACUCUCCCAUCUAUCUCUAUAUACGAAUUGUUUUUUAUUCUCGAACAGCUAAUAUAACAACACCACGGUGUUGACCGAUCACCACAUAGGACGAACCUCUCUCUAUAUAAGCCCCAUAUAAAGGUGUGCAUAAGGUCAAAUCAUAUUCAUUAGUUGAGUCAUUGAGAGAUUGAGUUGUAUAUUUUAAAAUAAAAUAUAAAAAAUUGUUAUUAUUUAUUGUUGUUAAAUUAAUAUAGUGAUAUGCGUUUUGCAAUUGCAUUGUUUUUAGUUGCAGCAUUAGCUGUGACUGUUUUGUCGGCACCUCCAGAAAAAAAAGAUUUAAAACAAAUCAAAGAGGAAGCACGUCAAAAACAAAAAUGUGUAAAAAGCUGUGAUGAAAAAACGGAAGCGAUCUGUGCUGGAGUUGAUGGUGAAAAACCUUUAUCGUUCGGUAGUCAAUGUGUUUUGGAUAAUUACAAUUGUGAAAAUGGCAAAAGUAAAAUUAAAGAAAAUUAGUGAUGGAGAAUGUCCAGGAGGUGGUGGAAUUCGUUUAUCAUAAAUGUUUUUCAAAUAAUUUUUAAUUUAAAAAAAUAUUUUUUUAAUUGGUUUUACGAUGUGAUGCCCUGCUAUUAAUUCUUAUAUUAAGUAAUAAAAAUAAUAAAAUAUAUUAUUUUCAAAUAA